CCUGUCUGCCAUUAGGCAGCAGCUUCAAGGGCACAGCCAAAGGGGAGGAGGGCUCCUACACCUUCCUCUCCCCACGACACAUCAGCACUUGGCACAGGCGAGGCUCCAUAGCUCGCUCACAAAUCCACAAUCCAAGGCUUGAAUCCCAAGUUGCAGCAGACAGAGGAGGGGAGGGCAGUUAUCUAAGGCUCUCAGCACCCCCAUGUGCCUGCUUGGAUCAUGGAGCUGCACUGUCUUCCUACUGAGACCCCCACCUCAGCCAGCUCCUGCUCCACGGACCCCCUGUACGACAACUGCCCACCUUUUGCCCAGCGAGGGAGGGCCAGGGAAAGGGAAAUGGAGAGUAGGGUUGUGUGCCCGGCUGUAACCAGACUCCCAGGCCCCUGUAGCCCUCAGCCUGGUCUGGCCCCAGCUGUGGCUGAGGUUCCCACACUGGUCGGUGGGGGAAGAGUGACUGGCCCCUGGCCAGAUCACAGCUACUGCAGCUGGAGAGGAGGUCUGAGAAGACAGGGCUGGGAAGCAGAGCUGGGCCCAGGCAUAAACAGAACAAGAGGGGGAGAGAGAGGAGGAGGAGAACAGGGCGGUAGCUGGGGAGUUAAGGACAGAGCUCAUCUGAACCAGAGCCCCAACCCAUCACAAAGUGAGGAGCACAGGAGUGCUCUCUCUCUGUAUGAUAACCUCCCCGAUGCUGUCACUCCUAACAGCCUCCAAGAAGUCUUUGACAUGGAAACAAGCUUCCAGGAGCAGAUGUACCAAGCAUGGGCCCCUGACCAGAUCCAGGGAGUGAUGGACGGCGAGUGUGUGAGCGAAGACAAGAGCACAUGGUCCUCCUGUGAGAUCAUCCUUGCUGAAAGCCGUUUCAGUAACCAGGACCAGAAUCCAGACCAAGACAAGAAACAUGAACAGGAGCCAGAGCUGGACUCAGGAUCCUUUGGAUUUAAGCAGGGGGACCCGAUGCUGAACCUCCAGUUCCAGAUGCCACCUCCUCAGCAUCCUGCAGCAAGUUCCCCUCAGUUAUCCCAAACUGCGUGCCAAGUUAUGUGGCCCCCAGCUGAAGCCCAGCACCCAGAGCAGCCAUCCUGGUCUCCCAGGGUGCCCCCUCCGGUUCCCUUGGCGGACCCCUCCGCCAGUGCCCUUCGCAGCCUCCUCACCAGCCUACAACAGCAAAUAGUCAGACAGAGGGAGGAGUACGAGGCACGCAUACUCAGCCUGGAGCAAAGAAACGAAGAGCUCCAGGUAGAAGUUGUUCGGUUGAAAACGAACCUCGCCCAGCAGCGGCACUGGUACCAUGCUGUCCAGGCUAAGAUUGCAGAGUCUGAAAGGGGCCGGGCCGCCGCAGAACUUCGCAAUGCAACUCUGCAGAAGGAGAUGGAGCAGUUCUUUGACACUUUCGGAGAGCUCAACAACGAGGCCAAGAAGACAGAAUAUAUAGUCAAGAGCUUUUGAGAAAAGAAUGUAUGAAAUGUGUGUGCUGAUGUGAACAGUGUGUGCUAAGAGAAGGACAAAAGGCACAAGACUGGUUAGUCUUUAAACUCUAGUUAGGAUCAUGUUUAAUAGUUUGUCACCACCUGUGCAGAAUACUUUCUUACCUAAUUGGGAGAGGUUUAAAGGGACAGUUCAACCAAAAAUAUUCAUAUUUUUCCUCUUACCUGUAGUGCUAUGUAUCCGUCCAGAUUGUUUUGGUGUGAGUUGCUGAGUGUUGGAGAUAUCAGCUGUAGAGAUGUCUGCCUUCUCUUGAAUAUAAUGGAAAUAGAUGGCACUCAGUUUGUGGUGCUCAAAGCACCUAAAGAUAAAUUUGGAAAAACUCUCUUCCCCAGGAAUCAUGACCCGGAUACUAAAGACAAUCCACAGACUUUGUUGUGAGCAGUUACAUCUAGGAACUAUUUUCUUUCUAUUUGACUACUUCGGCAGACCAUACCAUUGCGCAGAAGGAAGGGUGCAUCUACUGCUAGCUCUCCUAGCACCACUGAGCUAGCUAAUGUUGCAGUUCAGCCAAGGAGGAUGGCAUUAAUGUUAACAUCUUGCACUGUCACAAGCAGGAGCCUUUUAUCCAUGAGUAGAUGCACACUUCCUUCUGCGCAGUGAUACGGCAGGUGUACUAGUUCAACAGAAAGAAAAUAGUUCUAACAUGAGAUUACUCACUGUACCCGACUCAGAAUUACGUCGAUCAAAUCAGAUUUGGCCAAUUCGUUGUUGUUUUUUACGAAUAAGGAUUUAAAGUUUGAACGGGCUCAGCGGGAGGUUCAGUGUGACAACAGCAUUCAUGUUAUAUAGUAACAAGCUAACUAUGCUAACGACGGAUCGGAAACGUGCAACAAUUUUUGCUGACACUGGAUAUUAAACAAAAGCCAGAGACUGUGUUGUAUUAACUAUCAGUGAGCUGUAAAUACACCACUUCAAAGCUGAAAUGAAAAGAUAAUGUUAUCUCAGAAUCUUCCCUCUGUGCGUCUGCAGCUUGCAGUCAUGAUUUCUGUAAAGAGACAUUGCUGUUGAGUUUUUCACAUGCGUUUUUGGCACCACAAGCUGAGUGCCAUCUAGUUCUAUUACACUGGAGAGAAAACAGACAUUUCUACGGCCCAUAUCUCCAACACCAAAACAACCUGGUAAGAGGGAAAACAUGUGUUGCGUAUUUUGGGGUGAACUGUCCCUUUAAGUGAUGUGUGGUUAUGUCUUCAUUAAGAAUCUGAGACAGAUACAAAACAUCACUGAAAGAAAAUGAAUCACUGAUGUCCACUUUAUUAGUUACGUAAGGGCAAAAGAUGUUGGCCGGGUGAUUAUAUUGUGGUCAUUGCAAUCACAUAGGACAUCUCUUAAAACAAAGGCAGAAAUAAACUGAACCGAAAUGUGAGAUGUACAGUGUAUACAAUGGAGCUUUCUUUUAAAAAAACAAAAAAAACAAAAAAAAAACAUGGUAAACAUUGUAACAGAGGUUCUGAGCACUGUAACGCUCAGUCCUUAUCUGAUCAGAUUUGUGGGAGUGAAUUGGCCACUCCUCGG